AUGGAAUUUAACUCUACUGUUCUGGCCAGCAUUCCCGUGGCUUCAUUCCAGCUUCUCGCCUGGUCAAUUCUGAGCAAAGGCUUCGAGUUCGUCUCGGGGCUUUUUGGCUGGCUAUGUGCAGCCACUUUCUUUGCUGGUAUCGUCGUGGCCAAAUCUCAACGGCAACUAUCCUUCAGAAAACUAUAUGAUGAGGCUGGAAACAGGAUUCCUGACGGACCCAAGCCUCUACCUAUCGUUGGAUCCUUCCCAUUCCUGACAGAGUACCCGGAACUUACCCUCGACAAAUGGGCAAAGAAGUAUGGAGAUCUAUAUUCCAUAUGGCUUGGCAACCAACUCUUCGUCAUCAUCUCUAGCCCGCAUGUCGCCAAGGACUUUUUGGUAACGUACGGCGCGGUGUUCUCCUCUCGGAAAGAAAUGUUCAUCAAGAGCAAAACCGUCUUCGCAGGGCGUGGGAUCACUGCCACCCCGUACAACGACCGUUGGAGAAAACACCGGCGCAUUGCUUCCGGCUGGCUGAGCCAAAAAGCCGUCGACCGGUAUACCCCCGUUCUUGACCGCGAAGCCACCGAUAUGAUAGUUGCUCUUUACGACGCAAGCGAUGGCGGGAAGAGACUUGUCAACCCACAGCCAACCAACUCUGUCCAUCAUCCCAUGGUCAGUACCGCUCUUCGCCUUAGCCGAGAGUUCAUGAAUUGCACUGGUCCCAUGUCUAAUCUGGUUGACUUCAUCCCUCUUCUCCAAUUUUUGCCAUCCCAAAUACGGAGUCGUGGUCGCAAGCUACACCAGGAUCUGGUGAAUAUUUACGGUGGCCUGAUCAAUGAUAUUGAUAGGCGCAUGAAGCGUGGUGAGAAUGUGCCUGAAUGCCUUGCCAAGACCAUGCUCCAGCUCCGCGACACAGAGCAGCUUGAUCAUCUCGAUAUGGCCAUUACUGCGUCGGCCUUCAUGAUUGGCGGCGUCGAGACGACAGCAUCUAUCAUGCAGUGGUUCUCAGCACUGAUUCCAUCCUACCCCAACAUUCAAAAACGAGCUCAGGAAGAGCUCGACCGCGUUGUUGGACGUGAUCGGCUUCCGACCGUGGAAGAUGAGGCAGAUCUUCCGUAUAUCCAUGCCAUCUUGAAGGAAGUUGAGCGGUGCCACAAUCCUUUCUGGCUCGGCACUCCUCAUGUUGCCUCGGAAGACUUUACCUAUAAUGGGAAGUUUAUUCCCAAAGACACGGUAAUAGUGUUGAAUACUUGGACAAUGCAUUACGAUGAGGACAGACAUCACAAUCCAAUGGAAUUCAACCCUGACCGAUAUAUCAACGACCCUCUCACGGCUGCACAGUCUUCCAACCUCGCGGAUCCGUACGAGCGUGAUCACUGGAUGUUCGGCGCGGGCCGGCGUAUCUGCCCCGGGAUGAUAGUAGCAGAGCGUGAGAUCUGGCUGACCAUUUCCCGGCUGAUAUGGGCCUUCACCCUUGAGCAGGUCCCAGGGCACGCAAUAGAUCUCACGGAAUAUGAUGGGCUGAGCGGCAGGUCGCCUGUGCCCUUCCAUAUCAGGCUCGUGCCGCGCCACCAAAAUGUCAAGAAAGUGCUAGAUACUGCCCAGACCAAGAACGAUUGGGCCUGUUGGAGCAGCCAGACCCUGGACUGGGGAGUCAAAGACGGAAGGGUGGUAUUCACCGUAGAAUGCUGGGUCCCCUGGACAGAAGUGGCUCCUAUUUGA